ACUUCCGGUUUGUGUUGCUGUGGUGGAAGAACACACGUGUUGUCGAGCAAGAAUUUGUUUUUUGUCUGAAAACGACGAAAGCCUUCCAGAUUUGACACUUCUAAAGUUUUCGGUAUCAACAUGUUCCUGCAGUACUACUUGAAUGAGAACGGGGAUCGUGUCUACACGCUAAAGAAGAUGGGUCCAGAUGGGACGCCGACCAGCUCGGCUCACCCGGCCCGCUUCUCCCCAGACGAUAAAUUCUCCCGGCACAGGGUCACUGUGAAGAAACGAUUUGGAAUUCUGCUCACCCAACAGCCCAGGCCUGUUCUCUAGUGGAGGAACGAAGAAUGGCAGCUGGGAGACGUCUUCGGACGAGAGCGUCAUUAUGAAGGCGAAGAGAACCCCGUGGCUGGAAUAUUUCUUUUUCUGGGUCAGAUGCACAAAUCAAGGACGAAUGCUUGUCUGAGAUGUUUUCAUAUUGUCAAACGGAAUGUAAAUAGUUCUAGACGAACCAAGUUUUGUUUUGUUUUUACUAUAGAAUAACCAAACAGCUCAAUUGUUUUUAGUUAUCGUGAUGCUUGGGACGGUUUGAUGUCAAACAAUGUCAUUUAGUUCUUAACGUCGACAAUAAACUGGUUUUGAAUUGACGUUCAA